GAAUGCAGCAUGCCGAGCGGAAGAACGACACUUUUUCUUUCAAAAAUGUAAAACUUUAUUGAUAGGCAACAGUGUCAUACCGGAUGUGGAUGUUGUUUUGUGUGUGUUUAUUUGUUUCUGAUGUUUUUAGUCUUCUUUAAUGUUGGUCACAUGACCAAAGCGGCAGCCUCGGGCUAUAAUAGACUAAAGUUACCCUCCGGGUAAGCCACAUAGCAAGACCAGAUGAAUGCGCGACAGUCUGAGGCGUCUUCUGUGUCCUCUGUCAGUCCUUUGGGUCCAAGUUAGCUGGUUAUCUUCAACCAAACUCCAGCCUGCAGGCAGAAUCAUGUCCGGCGUUCAGAUCCGAAAGUUCCAGGAGGAGGACGCGGAGAGCGUGAAGGAGGUGUUCACAUUGGGCAUGAGCGAGCACAUCCCCUCCUCCUUUAUGCACGUUCUCAAACAGUCUCUGACCCAGAUGGUGCUGAUGUGCACCUUCUGCGCGCUGGUGACCAGCUCCCAGUCCUUCCUGCUGCCCAUCCUGGCCGUCACCCUGCUGCUGGCGGGGGCCCGUCUGGGCAUCAUUUACAUGUUCAACAGGUACAUCGAGGCUACGCUCAGCGGCGACCUCCGGGACGUGACCAACAGCUACCUGAGGAGCCAGGACUCCUGCUUCUGGGUGGCUGAAAGCGAGGGCCGGGUGGUGGGCACGGUGGCCUGCCUGCCUGCAGAGAACGCGCCGGGCUGCUUAGAGCUGAAACGCAUAUCGGUGCGGCGCAGCCACCGCGGCCGGGGCAUCGCAAAGGCUCUGUGCAGGACGGUGGCUGACUUCACCCGGGACAGGGGUUAUGCCGCUGUGGUCCUAUACACCUCCAUGGUGCAGACAGACGCUCAGAAGCUCUACGAGCACAUGGGCUACAAGAAGAUCAGGGAGUUUGCUGCACCUGAAGUUGCGGCCAAAGUCUUGAACUUCAUGCUGUACGAGUACAGACUGGAUCUGUAUGGGGAGGGGGUGCAGGGAUGGUAAAACUGAUGCAUUAUGGUCCGGCAUCGACUUUACUUCAGGACCGGUGAAGAACAGACACGUACAAGUCACACUUUUGAGAUGUUUGGACUUUACUUUUUAACUGUGAAAGGGUUUGACUAAAUCUGAUUAGAAUUAUUGCUGUGAACUCUUCUACAGAAUACAUAAAAUAAACACUGGAAGACUGUACUACUACUAUUCAUUUAUUUUUAAAUGUUAGAUCAAACUCCUGCUUUUGCCAGUAACAUAUUAAGUUUUUAAAAAUGACACAAAUCUGACUACUUUUUGAAAAAAAAUCAACAUUAUUUAUAUGGCACUUUUUCAGUUCUAAAACACCUCAAAGUGCUUUACAUUAAAUAAAUAAUUAUUAUUUUAUUACAAGCGUACCACACUGUGGAGCUUUGUAUUUCAUUGUUUGAUUAAUAAUAUUUUCUCUUAUUUUUUCUUGUUAUUCUUUGCUUUUUGCUAACUUGUAAUUUAAUUUUCUCAUGUCCUCAUUAUUUUGUGUUAAAGUUUUAUGAUUUUUGUUUUGGGUGCACUUGACCACGUUUUGUAAACGUUGUCAUUUUAAAUAAAGUUUUUUUUCUAAUCA